GACCAGUGCACGCGACAAGAAGGAAGAAGCCGCGUGGCCCCAGGUGUUUUGAAAUGAAACAUUGGAUCGGACUCUAAGAAGCUGCAAGAAUGGCGCGGAGAUUUUCGUGGUGCACGGCGGUGGCAUUGGUGGUGCUGCUUUUCGUCACGACCGAAGGUCUUCGUGAACGUGGCACUCAGGUCGACGAUCAGAAAACCGCAGGUCGAGGUACUCUGAGGUUCAACUCAAGAUCGCUAGAGGAAUCCACAACCGCUUCGCUCUCAAGAUCCAGAUCUCAAGACAGAUCGCAGUCAAGAAAAUCGAACUUCGAACGAAACGACAGAACAACCUCAUCGAACUUCGAACGAAACGACAGAACAACCUCUCCGACCGACUCGGAGUCCACAACCAAACGUCCAAGCCCCACAGCGAGCGAUGUGACCGAAAUCCCCGCAAGAAGGACCACGGACCCGAACAGAAGAAACGGUAAAAGGUUCUCUCCAGAGAGGACGAGGUCGAAGGAUGAAAACGCGAUAGAUUCCAAGGUCAUAUCUCGAAGGGUGUCGAACGGGAGAUCCGACGGAGUCACGGAGAGGCUGGACAACACAGGGCCGUCGGUCUUCGCGUUGACGACGGAGUCCUCGAGGUCGAGGACCGGCAGGAAGAUCCAGACGACGUUCUCCACGAAGGACCUGAAGACGCAGAUACCCGCGUCGAGGAGGUAUAAUAAAAAAUCGGAGAACGUAGAGGCGACUACAGUUUCCUUCAAAAGAGGCAGACCCACAACGGAGCGCAGUAGGUCCGGCAGGUCGAAGGUGAACAGGGAGAACUCUGUUGCUCGCAAAGGUCAAGAAGCCCUUUUGUACGAGUCUGAAAGCGUCAGAGUCGACAUUCCUCUCGCAGUCGACGGAACAGAGAGUCCUUCCAGUGAUCCAACGACCGUCGGCUUCGGUAUCGUUUCCCAAAGAAGGUCGGACACCAAGGAGACUCUCAGGGGCAGGUCAGGAGCCGAGAGGAAGAGCAGAGGACGAUCGAGCGACUCCGAAGCUGCCGGCUCCUCCAGAAACGGCUCCCGAAGAGGAUCGUCCAGGUUCAACGACUUCUCCACCACGGAAGCUAACGAGGUUGGUUCGAGGAAAAGCUCUUCCAGGGAUCGUUUGAAGGAAACUAGGAAGAGCGCUAGUGAAUCGAGAUCGAGAUCUAGAGGUAGAGAACAGACGAAGAGUGCAGAUGUGGAUGUCAAACGAAAAUCGGGAGACAGGAAUUCUUUGGAUAGGAGGUCCAGACUUUCCGAGGGAACUACGAGGUCGGUGGAAAGUCGCGGACAGGAUCAGGAUGCCAGGAGAUCCAGGAGCAGAGCGAGGACGGAAACGACGCCUCUGGCUACGGAUGUCACCACAACCGUCGCGCCAGAGACAACAGUCUUCACCGACUCGACGAGCACCGAGCCCGAAGUCUCCAGCACCACCCUUAAACCAACGACAACUUCAACCACAACCCGAAGCACGUCGCGAUCAUCUUCUACAACCGAAAGAAACCGAGGAAGAGGCAGAGGCAAUCAAGGAAGAAAACUAAAGGAAGAUUUCUUCAACCACGGACUCGGAUUUCGAGGACGAAAGCCAUCUCUGGAUGCAUCAAGCACCGGGGAGUCCAGAAGACCCACCCCCAAAAACGAUUCCUACAUAAACCCCGGUUGGACCCUCAGAAGACGACCACCUAACUUGAACUACUCCGACAACCUUCCACAAACGAUCCCUUCGUCGAGAGACCAAACGAACGAAGUGAUUCCUCAGAACGAGGUAUCGACGAGCACCGAAAUCGUAACUACGGUGGAAACCUCUACAUCCACCGCGAGAAGAGGUUCUAAAAAGCUGCAGUCCACGGAGGAGAGCACUACGGAGAUGGAUGUUACUACGAAGAGUUUCAGAAGGGGUAAUAAAACGUUCGAGAAGAAUAGGAACGUUGCACCUGGGAAGCAGGAGCAUGAAGAGAGCGACAACUAUCCGCCGGAGUUUAAGGCCAGGUUGUCUCUGUUGAAGAGUACGAACACGAAAAUACCAGCCCCGAAAACUACCUCUAGAACGCCAUUGGAGGUGAAGAGAUCGUCGGCCGCUCUGUUCGCCGAACGAUCGAGGAUGAAGCUGGAGCUGGCUAGGAGGUUAGUGAAGCCAGAGUUGAACAUCGAGGAGAAUGAUCUCGACGCAACCACGGCCUCCUCUUUCAGCAAACCGAGGCCGACCGUGGCGUCGACGGUCGAUGAGACGGCCAAGGUCGCCAAGUUCGUUAAACCGUCUGCGGGUCGCAGAACGUCCACGGAAAAGAGGUCUCGAGAAGACGAGAAGUCGAAAGUUUCCGCGAGGACAGGCGACGACUCCUCUAGGUUCGCUAGACCGAAUUCGAAGAAAGGACGAAUCAUCUCCGAGAGAAUGGUCACCUCGAUCUCGGUGGAGGAAAGGGCUGCCGAACAAACCACCAAGCCAUACUCGUCGAGUCAGUCGGUGGUCACCUUGUCCUCCGCUGAAGAGGGAUCGGCGACCACCAUAGACACCACGCGGAUUCGCCUGUCCAGCGCUCGGAACGGAAAGAAAUCCAAGGAGGAGACCUCGAAGAGACGCGAACACGACGACACCAUUACCACUUUCAAACCGAAGAAGCCCUACGCGUAUCAAUCGCGCGUCACCAAAUCGCAGGAACAAUCUACGACCCCCGAAGAGAAUCUAGUAACGUCCAAAAAGACCUACGCCUCGUCCAAACAGAACGGAGGGCAACGGAAGUUCCAAAGCUCCCGCGAAGAGGAUGCGAGAAGAACCAAGUCCACGACAGUUACCAAACCCACCUUCAGACCCCGAUACAGCAAACGAACGAAACCGAAAUCGAUCGACGACAAGUUGACAGACUACGAAGCGACGAUCACCACGAAGGUACCUGUUGCUACCAGCAGGUACUCCAGGAAGAAGUCCGUGGUAAAGGCUACAGAGGGUAAAUCGAAGACCACCACGGAAGGAGUAGCAACGCAGACGAAGAAGCUGGAGUUUCGUCCUAGAACCGCGACCUACAGAAGACACUCCGAGGUGCCGACGACCUUGGUGGAAUCGAGUACCAAGGUUGAGGGUGCAGGAGUCGCCAUCACUCCCAGAUCGACCAAGUAUUCCGCGACUCUGAAGACCUCGACAGAAAGCGCUCGAUCGGUAGCGCAGGAACCGCAGGUUAACCUGAGGAUCAGCAACGACACCGCGCAGGAAGCGGCUGGCAUUACCGGCAGCAGUAACGGAGACACCGGCAGCAAUAUCUUCAAUCCGACCAGAAGCACCAUUCUCGCUGGAAAUGGAACCCUGUUGGAACAACUGCGAAGCACCGUCGCGCCGCUGCUCAACUCGCUCGGUAACAAGACUCCGGUGUUCUCUGGAUCCUACAGCAACGUUAAUGUGAAUUCAGCUCCCAGAAUCACACCAAACGGAUCACCGCCCCGAUUUAGCGCGAGAUACAAAGGUGCAGAAUUAUUUGUCAGAAAACAAAAUAACAUUUAUCAACCCACUGUGCCAUCGAUCACUAGCUCGUCUACAACACCAGCUACAACCGUAGAGAACUCUGGUUCGGCACCACCGAUCGAUGUCUCGAGUCCUGGCGAGCCAAGGUUCUUGACCCUUUAUCACGCGUUGGAGUCGGCAGACAUCAGGAACGAAUUAGAAGCGAACACGAGCGUACAGGCCGACAGGGUUCUCCAGGUAGACUCUAACGCCACUGUCGCUAACGACAACAGCAGUAAUUCUAACAAUGACACCACAAGCCCCUCCGUAGCGACCACCGGCCCACAGACCCCAGACACCACCGCGAACACUACUCUGACCUCGAGAUUAUCCGAGGAUACGGAGAACACCACCCCCGCGGUUACCACGGGAGUCCCUGAAACCCCUGCGACCACCGAACAACCCUCUAACGCCGAACAACAAGCCUCCAGCACGGAAUCACCCUCUACCGAGCAACCUUCCACCAACGCAGUUUCCAUGUCGCCACCUGAACAAAGUAGCACGGAUGCGCCGACUACGACCGUCGGAAACUCAGAAAGUAGUCAGAUACUCUCGACGACUACCACGGAAGUUCCUACCACGACAGGGUCCAGUACCGAAGCAAAUGUGCCUAGUACGACCGAGGCCGCGUCGACCACUCAAGGUGCGCAAGGUCUGACGGAGAGUACCACGAUGGCUGCCGUCAGCGACGCCGCGAGUAUGUCCGAAAGUCCGGAGAGCAAUACUAUACCGUUCUCCGAGACGCCAGCCACUCAGUCGACCGAUUCGAGUUCGACCGAUGCCCCCACGACCGAGGCCAUAUCGAGCAAUAUGGUGGAUGCGGAGACAACUACCGUGAUACCUACCACCACGUCGCGACCUAGACUGAUCGAUUUAGCGCAGGAUAUUCUGUCCCGUUUGCAAGCGUCUCUGAACGUUACCACGCAGCCGAGUGUAGACUCCACGACUAUACCUCCAACGACCGAGAUAUCGAACGCGAUAUUAGAUAUUAGAUUCGACGCGAACAAUACCCUGCAGAGUCUGUCGCAGUUGAACGAAACGGGAACAGCUGAACCGGCAACCACCGAUGAAACCACUACCCAGAGCGCAGUAGGCUCAGUCCCUACUACGACACCUGCGACCACGAAUGACCCGUCCAGCUCAAUGGUAUCUACCCAAGAAGCCAACACGCUGGACGAAUCGAGUCCAGUUACAACCACCACACCAGUAACACCACAAGACUCUCAAACAGUUCCGAACACAGAAUCGACCACCGUAGGCGACCCCAACAGUUCCUCCAGCCCUCCGUUAGACGUUGAUGCGACCACUGCGUCGACGGUUACCACCACGAACGAUACUUUACUGACAGAAUUAAUGUCCAUCGCCAAGACCCUCUUUUCGGAAGAGAUGAACGACACCGAAACAUCGGUACCUGUUCAAACGACGACCGAUGUUUCUGGCGUGUCAGGCACGAUUCAAGCCACGGAAUCGUCGUCGAUUUCGCCGGAUGUCACGACAGAAACCGUAGAAGCAACUCCGACCACUGUAACUAUGUCUGACGUUACCACAUUUUCGGUCGAUCCCUCGCAGAACGAGGUGGACUCCACAGACCCCACCGUGACCGUUUCGUCUACGGAGAGUUCGACAGACACGCCCAGUACAACUCUAGUGAAUAACAUGCUCGACAACCUGGUGGAUGUCGCGCGAACGAACGACACCGCAACGUUAGGAACACCCCUCGCCGAGAACGUAGAGUCGACCACCCCCUCGUUAACGACCGAAAACGAACAAACGACCCUCUCGAUUAACGUAUUGUCCAGGCUCGAAAGUGGCCCGGACACCACGACUCAGUUGUCGACAACCACACAAAACACGGAAACGACAGUCGCAUCCACCGCCAUUAAUUUUGAACUAACCACUAACACGUUCGAUUUGAUAUCGACCGACUCGACGACGACGACGACGGGGCCGCAAGCGGCUCCCGAACUUACAGAAACCACCACACCAUUAACCGAUCUCACGACCGUAACACCAGAGCUUUCGCCAAACACUAGCACUAAUCAACCCGAAGUAACCACGAUUCCUGAAACAACUCAGUCCACUGUAAAUACGAUGAGCACGCCGUUGCCCGAAAUGAUAGUCGAGCAAACCACGGUGGUGUCCACUACAGAGUCGAUCCAAAGCGUAACAACCGACGUGACAACCACGUCGCCGAUCACGAGCACUCCGCGAUUGGACGUUAACCCGAUGGACGACGCUGAGGUCACCACCAGCCAGACCCCGCUAACGUCCAGCCUAGAGUCCAUUGUGGAAACCACUACUAAUACGCCCAGCGAAACAACAAACCUCCCCCAAACAACCCCGACCCUCGAGAACGAAACUCCAACUGUUGUUGCCCGUUUCCAGGAUACGACAUCAGCAACCGCCCAAGGGACGGCAGGUUCAGGAAUCGGCCAAACGACCGAGAACACCACUCCCAUGACCAUGAUACCUUCCACACCUUCUCCCAUGCAAUCCACCACCCAGUCUCUCGUUUCAACCACUUCAUCUUCGGUCGAGACUACGACUACGACGCCGACGAUGACUACGACGACGCAGACAACGACGAAAAUCGGACGCGUUCCCGAGCUCGCAACGACACAGUCGAGCAUGGGUGUCGUCACCGUCACGCCGAUGCCCGACACGACGGUUCCUACGACGGUCACGGGUGCCGUAGAGGACAAUCUCGUUUCCACCGAAGCUGGGACAACGAUGCAACCUAUGGGACCCAUGAACGCAACGAUGAUGACCAUGAACGCAACCGCCGCGAACACAACCGCCGAAACGACGACCCCGUCGAUGCAAACCACUCCUGCGACUUCGACGAUGGCUCCGUCUUCUCAGGCUCCCACGACGGCGUACAUGGGUCGAUUCGGGGGCUCCAGGUUGACGCCUGCCCCCAGGUUCAGCCUCAGCUCCACCACCAGAGCUCCUCUGCGGGACUAUCUGGUCUACGGGAUAUAUCCUAACAAAACGAUCGUUAGGAAACGACCGGAGGACAACCUGAUCGACGCUAGGAACGUGGACAGCCCGUACGUGAUAUUCGGUAUCUUCCCGGAUGGCAGGCUGGUCCGGAAAUUCCCGAACGGAACGAUAAUACCGGACCCACCUAGGAGCCCCGUCGAGGUUGUGUUCUCACUUAGCACUACCACUACCACUAACAGGCCACCACCCAGACCGUAUUAUAACCAGGCUAACCAAGGCGUUUACAAUCAGUAUCAAGGCCCGGUGUACAGUAAUAUUCGUAGACCUGAGCCGAUGAGAAUCGUCCAAAGUCCCGGCACCGUUGACCUCGGCCUUACUGGUAACGCGAUCGUCGGCCCCAAUGGAGGUGGACCCGGUUUCACGGGGCCACUUGGUACCCCUGCUAGCCUCCCGAGCACCAACGAAAUGAGCAAUGCCCUGGUAAAUACGCAAAUGGGGACAGCAUCGGUGACGCCGACAGUAAGUACCGGUCGACCGCCGACCGUUUCGCAGGGCGGUCGUAUCGUACAGGAUCGAGAGAGGGACGAGGCCACCAGGACGAAAGAGGUCGGAGGUCAACGCAGCUCCGUGUACAUCGGACAGGACAAGUUCGUCAAUUAUUGGACCGAUGGGGCCUCCACCACCAACCCGCGUGUCCUCGGUGUCAAAAUAAACUCGGUGGCUACCGGAUCAAAUUUGGGACCGUCGCCAUCCGUGCCGUCUUUCGCAAAUCUUUUGAACAAUGAACCAGGAGGUCAAGUUACAGCUCCACCAGGAUUCCCAUGGAGGGAUCCAUUGGAUCAAAUUUUCGGUAUUACUACCUCCUCGCCGAUAAUAACAGCUUCAGUUGCAUCGAACUCGCUGGAUGAUUCUUCGGAAUCGAGCAAUCCGACUGCAGCAAGGCCGGUGAACCCAUUCGUGGAAAUUUUCACUCCACUUUCGAACGCGAUUGGUAUGCCAAGGGGAAAUGGCGUGCUUAGUGUCACAGGAGCUGUUCCUAGUACGACGAUGCAAACUACUCCUAUUACUACUACUAUGGCACCAACACCACCAGCUGCACCAUCAACACCACCAGCAACACCACCACCACCUCCAUCAACACCACCAACUACUACCGCAGCUCCAACUACAACUACACCACCUACAACUACACCACAGCCUACAACUCCUCAAACUAAUGCUGCAUCGCAAGCACCUCAGUCAACUCCUGGAUCCACAGGACCUCCUUCGACAACACCGACUAAUUUGCCUGCAAACUUGUUGAAUAAUAUGCAACAGCAGAACGCAUUUGGAACGUCGUUUAAUGACCUGGUGUUCCUGAAUUCGUUGUUGCAGGAUAAUUCUCGAGGAUCUAAAACAAAGACGCUGACCCAAGUCGAGCAGCUGUUAGCCAACAAGAUUUUGUCCCUGGCACUGAACGGCCCCGACCCAGGCCCAACCCGCGCCCCAAAGGCCAUCAGCUUCGAGAACGCCUCUCCGAAUUCCGUCUACCAGUCUCCAAAGUCCUACGAGCCGAUAGUGAUCGAUUUAUCCCCAUCAUCGACCGCCACGUCGCCAACGUGGAAACCGACCCAGCAAACUAGUCAGAAAGCGCCCAUUAGUUCAACGACGGAACAAGUCACUCAGACCUCGAUUUCGACCACGACCGCGAAGAGAGACAUCAUCACGAGCGCUCCUUCGACGACUGACAAAACCACCCUAAUAAGCACCACAAAAGUCCCAGUCUCCCCUAAAACAGUGACUCGGCCCAGAACCACCACUGAGGCUCCCGUGGGUUUAGCGGGACUCUUGUGGCAAACUCUUCUGGGCGGAGGACUUUUUGGGCCAUCGACUACUGAGAGACCUUUGAGGACUAAGCAGGUGAAGACUGUUACGAAGUCUGUGAACAUCACUCCGAAGCCGAUACCAACUACGCAAAGACCGACGACGACUAGUACCACUACCACAACUACCACCACGACUACCACAGCUCGUACUACAACAGUCAACACGAUUGAUAUCUCGAAGAUUCAUGUGAGCACUCCGAAUUCGAUCGGAGUAGAAAAGAAGGCUGCUACGCCGGUUCCACUGUUGUCGACGACGAAGAAGUCGUUGCUGAAUAAUCCGAACCCCAGGUUGUCUGUUCCUACUUCCACUUUCUCUCCUGAAGAGGAGACCAGGUUCUUGCUGUCGAUACUGAGAGCCGCUCAACAGGAUGAGAAAGCUGGCGGUUCGAAAAAUUCUCUGGACGAUGAAGCCUUCUUGAGAGCAAUUUUAAGCGGACAGGCUUCCCCGACAAGUACUCCUCCUCCGCAAACGGAAAUCAGCAACGCUGCUCUGUUGGCAGCGUUGUUGAAGGCUCAAGGCAUCGAACCCGAAACGCCUGCUACUAACAUCAGGGAGCAAUUGCAGUUGGCUAGCCUCGGCCAGAGCGUCACCUCUGCUCCGAGCUUAUCCCCGGCUAGCAGCGGGUCUACGACAAUUACAACAAGGCCGACUUCGACUGCGACUCGAGCCACGGAUACGACGAAAAACACGGUGACACCGAGACCAACCUCAAGACCAAGGGUACGCACAACAACGUGGUCGCCGAGCUCCACGUAUCCACCUCCUCUCUUCAGCUCCUUCUCCAAUUACGCUACACCGGGACAGUCGGCUGCCGCUGGCAAUUCGGAUAAUGGCGCGAUAUUUGGUGCUACCAGGGCGUUCAGUCAAUUCCUCGGUGCUGCAUUAAGCGGAGCGGCACAACAGUUGCAGUCGUUAGUGAGAAAUGGUACUAGGAUCGUGUCCGAAGUAGUGGGAUAAAAUUAGCAAGAAAAUAAUAAAAAUUUUUCGCGUAAUCCAUAGAAUAAGAGAAGCGAUUCGCGAGCAUGAAAAUCUGGAAUGAACAAGCUGGUGGUAGCGAUGCUUCGAAAUAAGUAUUCUUUUAGAUAUUCAUUAAAAGUCAAUCUGUUUGCUCGAUGUUGAAGAGAAACUUCUCGAAAUUUCCUCCUCCUUUUUUUAUGUAUAGAUCGUAGCGUUACGCGCAGAUAGUUGUUGGGUGAUUAUGUAUUUUAUUUUUAUUGUACGUAGCUGAUAACGGGACGUGACGUGACUCGAUCGUUCAUUCUUAAAACAUGAAGAACGUAUUUUAUAAUAAUUCAUUUUCAACUUUUCCGAAAUAUAAUUUAGUAACUUUUAAUUUUCAAGUUUGUUACAUUUUGAGGAAGAGAGAUGUAAAAGUAUUAACAGUUGAAAAUUUAGAAAUAUUGUAAUUUUAAUUUUCUAUAUUGUUUACUUAUAAGUUUUUAUGAAUGUAAUUCAGAGCUUCAGAACUUUAUAAAUUUAUAAAUUGAGAAAUGUAAUAAUUUAGUGAGUGAUUUAGUUUUAAUUGAGUGAUUUAAUCUUCAUGUUUUAAGAGUUGAGCGAUGCCCGUCGACAGCGAUGACGAAACAAUUCGGAAAGUGUGGAGUUUCGUUCCGAUUCGCGACAGGAGUAACGACUGGACGCCUUGCAAACGUUUCUGGGGUAGGAGCGACCGAUGGCUCGUACCACUUUGAAACAUUUGUAACGUUGGUCGCAAUUAAGGUAAUUAAUCGAGGGCGAUGCGGCUCGUCACGACUCUCUGGACAGUGACGAUCCGCGGUGUCUUCGCGUGAAAGAGGGCGUUCCGACUUCUGAUGCCCACCCACAAAGAUCGAUUUAAGGGUCCAGUAUCGUGGACCUCUUCCGGGAAAAUCGAAAAGCCGACUUCAUUUCUUCUGCGAUAAAAGCAAUUUAACUAAUGUAUGAUUAUCAAGCGAAACACCUCGUACUGUCAUUCUCAAAAUAUUC